AUGAUAGUUUUCAUUUUCUUUGCUGUGGGGCUAUGCUUGGACAAUGAGUCCACUUCCCAAACCAUUGAUUGCACAUAUUUAAGAGAACUCUGCCUAAGUGAUGCAGACGGAUGUAAACAUGCCUGGAGAAUAAUGGAAGAUGCCUGCAAUGUGUCAGAUCCAGGCAACCCCUGCCAGAUGAAGGAUUCAUCCACCCAUAAUUUAAGUAUCUGGUCUUUAGCAGAAAGCAAUUUCCAAUUUAAAAAUUGUCUCUGCUCUGAUGACCUCUACUGUACCAUUAAGAAAUUGCUUGGAAAAAAAUGCAUCAACAAAUCAGAUAACAUGAAAGAGGAUAAUAAGUUCAAGUGGAAUCUAACUACUCUUUCCUAUCAUGGAAUCAGAGGGAUCAGGUCCUGUUUGGAAGUGGCAGAGGAGUGUGUGGCGGAUGUGCUCUGUAACACACAGUUGGCCCUUUACCUGAAAGCUUGCUCAGCAAAUGGAAACCUGUGUGAUGUGAAACACUGCCAAGCAGCCAUCCAGUUCUUCUACCAAAAUAUGCCUUUUAACACUGCCCAGAUGUUGGCUUUUUGUGACUGUGCUCCUUCUGAUGUACCUUGUCAGCAGUCCAGAGAAGCUCUUCACAGCAAGCCAUGUGCAGUGAACAGAGUUCCAGCCCCAACUUGCCUCGAUAUAAUUCACAGCUGCCAAAAUGAUGAAUUAUGCAGGAGGCGCUAUAGAACAUUCCAGGCAAAGUGCUGGCAGCAUGUGAUAAGAAAGUGCCAUGAGGAUGAGACCUGCAUCAGUACCUUAAGCGAGCAAGACCUCACUUGCUCCAGAAGUAAUGACUGCAAAGCAGCUUACAUUGGUACCCUUGGGACAGUCCUUCAAAUGCAGUGCACCUGUAGGACCAUUACCCAAAGUGAAGAAUCCUUGUGCAAGAUUUUCCAGCAUAUGCUUCAUAGAAAAUCAUGUUUCAAUUAUCUGACACUGCAUAAUGUCAAAGGCAUUGCAUUGCAUAAAGGAAAACAUGCAAAGGAAAUAACUCUCAGCGGAUUUCAUUCCCCCUUCAAUGAAGUCAUCUAUGCUAUCAUGUGCAUGGCAGUCACCUGUGGAAUUCUUCUCUUGGUGAUGGUCAAACUGAGAACCUUCAGAAUAUCAAGUAAAACAAGAGACCCUUCACCAAUCCAAAUACCUGGAGGACUCAUGAUUCAUUGA